AUGGUCUACAGGUGUCCCAUCCAUAUGCUCAUGGAGAAGAAGAGGCAGGUGGGUUUGCAUGAUGGGGAACUGGAGGAGGAGAGGGUGCAGAGUACAUUGCACACAACAGCAGGGGAGAUGAACGGUUGGAAAGUGGCAGAUCUGCACCACCAUUAUCAGCAUCUCUACCAAGCAGAGGAGGAGGAAUCAAUGGUUGAGAGAGAAAACAUGUUUGAAAAGCCCCUAACCCCUAGCGAUGUAGGCAAGCUCAACAGGCUGGUCAUCCCAAAGCAGCACGCCGAGAAGUACUUCCCCCUCGGCCGCGACUCAGGCGAGAAAGGCCUUCUGCUGAGCUUCGAGGACGAAUCAGGCAAGGCAUGGCAGUUCCGGUAUUCUUACUGGACCAGUAGCCAGAGCUACGUGCUGACCAAAGGGUGGAGCCGCUUUGUCAAGGAGAAGAGGUUAGAUGCAGGCGAUGUCGUGCUCUUUGGACGUCCACGGUUCGGGGGAGACCGUCUCUUCAUCGGGUGCAGACAUCGGUGGGCAAACGAGAGCCCGCCACCGGCUCACGCCAUGGCCGUGCCCACUGCGGCAGGGCCACGGCGGGCAGUGUGCCACCCUGAUCCUUGCUCCUGUCCAACGAGCACCUCAUGCUUCAGCUCGGUGCAGGAGGACUGUCUUCUUCUUCGCGCAGGCGAUCAGAGGGAUGAAGCAGUGCAGAGUGAGGCAGUGGCACCUGCUCACUCGAAGCGAUUCAGACUCUUCGGCGUGGAUUUGGACUAUCGGCCGGCGCCUGAGCCGGAGCCUUCGAUCCCAAUCUCAUGGUUUUAG